GAACCAUGAAACCGGCUCGAAUUUCACAUACUACACCAUUUCUCUUCUUGCUCAUCACAAUCAUAGCCGUGACCAGUAAUCCGACUUACUUCACAGUUGACAUUUCUAUCAAUUCUGGCUCAUCUGAAACCUCUGCAGCACGCAGCGGGAGAGAAUGGGUAGGAGAUACACAACCAAGAUUAUCUUCCGUGCUGAAAAUAAAAGGCUCGUCGACGACCUCCACUGUCAACCAUAAGUUGACCUCUGCUGAUCCAGUUCCCAACAAGACAGCCCGACUCUCGCGUUCCCAGUUCUCCUACCUGUUUCAAGUCAGUCACGGUCAAAAAAUUAUCCGCCUUCACUUUAAUCCUGCUUCAUACAGAGGCUUUGAAGGGCUAGUUGACUUAUUCAGCAUUGAAGCUGGUCCAUUCACCUUGCUGAGUGGCUUCAGUGCUUCACUCACGGCUGAGGCUCUUGGAGUGGAUACUUUUGUGAAGGAGUUUUGGUUAAACAUACAAGAAAACCAACAACUCAUCAUAAGUUUCUCUCCUAAAAGUGGUCAAACAAUGGAUACGUACGCCUUCAUAAAUGGCAUCGAGAUUCUCGGUAGCAAUGAAGUCAUUGCAGGAUCAGAAGUAGUAAAGUUGGGCAACACAGACAGCAGUCAGGCUAGUCCAAAUCCCCUGUCUCCUUCUCGGGAUUCACUAUCCCAAACAAUCCUAGUUUUCCUUGCAUCUCUUGUCCGUAGAAAUGCAACUGCUGCUAUUACAAUAGCAAUAGUAUCCCUAUUAUGUAUCAUUGUUCACAAGUUGAGAGAACUUUGGGAAGAUAGCACCAGCACUGAGGAAGAAAAUAAUCCAUCACCCAAAGCUGCACGAUUCUGUCGUCGCUUCUCUCUAGCUGAGAUCCAACUGGCCACCAGAUAUUUCAGUGGGGAGCGUUUAAUUGGAAAGGGUGGGUUUGGCAAUGUCUACAGAGGCGUCAUUGAUGAAGGCCAAAUGACUGUUGCUAUAAAGAAGUUAAACGCAAACUCCAAGCAGGGGGCACGUGAGUUUUUGACUGAAAUCGAAACCCUUUCUGAGUUGCGUCAUGUUAAUCUAGUUUCACUGAUAGGUUACUGCAAUGAGCAUGGGGAAAUGAUUCUCGUUUAUGAUUAUAUGGCUGGUGGAACACUGGGUAAUCACAUAUACAGACGUUCAAGGAAACAACGCCACAUUUCUUCUCUCACGUGGAAACAACGCCUUAAUAUCUGCAUCGGUGCUGGUCGGGGGCUAGACUAUCUCCAUACGGGCCAUGGAGUGAUACAUCGCGAUGUAAAAGCUUCAAACAUCCUCCUUGAUGAAGAAUUGACAGCUAAGGUUUCUGAUUUUGGUCUGGCCAAACCAGAGGACAGAAGCAAGUCAAAAACUCAUGUCAGCACAAAUGUCAAAGGCACGAGGGGAUAUUUAGACCCACAUUAUUUCCGCACGCGUAAGCUAACAAGGAAAAGUGACACAUACGCAUUUGGGGUGGUGUUGUUGGAAGUGUUGUGCGGGAGACCGUCAGUGGAUUUAAGAGUAACGGAGGAUGAGCAGAUUUUGAGCUUUUGGGUUCAUGAUAAGAACAGUAAGGGACAAGUUGAUCAGAUUGUAGAUCAGAGUUUGAGGGAUGAGAUUUCUGUAAACAGCCUCAAGACAUUUGUGGAGGUUGCUGAAAGAUGCUUAGAAGACGAACCAAAUAAUCGGCCAACAAUGUCCCAAGUUGUGCAGCAGCUUGAACUUGCACUUGAGCAACAACAGUUAAGUAAACAGAUUUUGACUUCAGAUGAGAUAUUAAGUUCGUAUGAAGAAACUGGACUACCAGCAGACACAGUGCAGUCAUCAGUGCCUAAUAUAGGACUGCAAAUUCUCACAUGCUCCCCAAAAAAGCAAACUAGCCAAAAGGUAUCAAGAUGGCCAUGUAACAGAAGUAAUUCAUCCCAGGAAAAUGAUCUAUUACUAUCAGAAAUCAGAGAUGCAAAGCUAAGAUUGAAAGUUUUUGAUUGGGAUACACUUUCAGCUGCUACAAAUCGUUUCUCCUCCUCAAAUAAAGUCGGCAAGGGUGGAUUUGGUUCUGUUUACAAGGGUGUACUACUUACAAAACAAGUAGUUGCCGUGAAAAGGCACAAAACAUCUCCCGAUCAAUCACUCAAGGAGUUCAAAAACGAAAUUCAUCUGCUUCCCAAUCUCGACCAUCAAAACAUUAUCAAGCUACUUGGUUGCUGCAGUCAUAGCAGAGAAUCACUCCUUGUAUAUGAGUUCAUGGAAAACAGAAGUCUAGAUAAAUUUAUAGGUGACGAGAAAAAGAAAAGCUUUCCAUGGCCAGUCCGGUUCAAAGUCAUAAAGGGGAUAGCUCGAGGACUUGAUUAUCUACAUCAAAAUUCUAGACUCAGAAUCAUUCAUGGAGAUCCGAAAUCAAGCAACAUUUUACUGGACCAUGAGAUGGUUCCUAAAAUUUCAGACUUUGGCUUUUCUAUGAAAUUGUUAGAACAUCAAACCGAAGUAGAAACAGGAUUUGCUGCAGGUACCACAUUCUAUAUUUCUCCAGAUCGUUUGAAGCACGGCCGAGUUUCAGUUAAAUCAGAUGUUUACAGCUUCGGAGUCGUGAUACUGGAGAUCGUAAGUGGGCAGGGAGCGUGGAGAUUUCAUACGCUAAAACAGAUGAAGCUUCAUGACUAUGCACAGAAACUGCAGAGCGAAGGAAAAGCACUAAACAUGGUAGAUGGCUCACUUAAUAAGCACUUUCCAGCCAAUGAAGCGCUAAGGUGCAUUCGAGUUGGUUUACAGUGCACAUUAGAGCAUCCACGUGACCGACCAACCAUGUGUAGCGUGCUUCAGAUGCUGGAUAGAGACGCGAUCUGACCGCAGCAACAAGAGCUGUGGAGCAGUAUGUAACU